GUGGAGAACUACAUCACGCCAAUGGUAACAGCAAGCCCAAAGCCAUCAAUAUCGACGGGGAAAUCACGCCGAUGGGAAAAACCUUCGCCGCCCUGCGGGCCAGCAGCCCGAGUCGCAGGGGGCCGGCGGCGGAGAACGGAACUCGUACAACAGAGAAUCAUGAUGCUACGCAAACGCAAAAGGAACAACUACAACCAGAUGCGGCUAGUAGCAAAGCCAACACCUCUGGUCGUGCACAAGAUGAUCCUACCAGUGCCCUGCAUAAGAUAUCAUCCAAUGGAGAUUCCAGCCCGAGCCGGCGGUCGCUGGAGCAGGGCAGCAAUGUGUAUGGGAAGAUUGCCCGGGAAAACAAGUUGACCGAAGUGCCCU